ACAGAGGAGGUGCAGGUCACAGAUGUCAAUCAAAAAUACUCAUUCAGCUGUUCCAGGACUGGAAGAGCCACGAGUGUAACCUGCUGUUCUCUGCAUGGACCUCGCUCGCUGAGUAGAGCCUUUACCCGAACAUGGCACUGAUGGGAGUUCAGUUGGUGGUCAGCUUGCUGGCUGUCAGCAUAAUGCAGAAAAUGGCCCCUCAUUGCUCUUUUGCACGCUGGCUCCUGUGCAAUGGCAGUCUCUUCAGGUUCAAACAUCCUUCUGAGGGAGAGCUUUGUGCUUUGGCAGGCAAGCAGAUGUCCAGCAAGACCAGCAGGAGAGACAGGAGGCAAAAUGGCCAAGGGGAGCCCAAACCACUCACGGUUCCGAAGGACAUUGAUCUACAUCUGGAAAGCACACCUGUGAAUGUUUUAGAUGCUCUGGUUCUAAGGUUCUUUGUGGAGUAUCAGUGGUUGAUCGACUUUGCUGUUUAUGCAACGGGCAUCUACCUCUUCACUGAGAGCUACUACUUUGUGGUGGAUGCCAGUAAAGAGGUCAACAUUGGGGCCAUCUGGUGUGUACUAAUGGUAUUCUUCGGCCUGAGGACAUUGCAUGUUCUGAUGAGCCACUACUUCCGCUCGGAUGAGGGCGGUGAGCGCUCCGUGUGCCUGGCAUUUGGGUUCUUAUCUCUGCUGGUGGCCAUGUUGGUUCUGGUGGUGAGGGAAGACUAUCUGGAGUUUGGCCUGGAGCCUGGUUUCACCAGUGUCUUUGACAACUUUGAAGCAUUUGCCAAACAGCAAGGCCUCGAGUGGUCAGUUCCUUUCACCAAACUGGGAGUAAAGUUGGGCUUGGCCAUCCUGUGUGCCUUUCUUGGAGCUCUACUUGCUUUCCCUGGUCUUCGCUUGGCCCAGACUCACUUAGACGCUGUGCAAAUGAACGCUGAACGGCCAAUCAUUCAAAUCCUCCUACAUGCCAGUUUCCUGUCUCCACUGAUUAUUCUUGUGUUAUGGGUGAAACCUCUUGCUCGUGAUUUCUUGGGAAACGCUCCAAUGGGAAAGACAUCAGUCAUCUUGCUUUCCAGCUCUGUCUUCGAUUCUGUGCGCCUGUGGACAAUUGUGGUGCUGUGUGUGCUGAGGCUGCUGCUCACCCGCCACCACCUGCAGGCUUAUCUCAACCUCGCCCCCAAGUGGGUGGAGCAGAUGAAGAAAGAGGCAGGACGAAUAGCUGCGAUUGACAUCCAAAGAAAGGUGACCCGUGUGUAUUGCUACCUGACUGUAGUGACCCUACAGUACCUCAUACCAAUUCUACUUGUGCUCUUUUCAACACUGGCCCUCAAGUCUUUGGGUGACUACUCAUGGAGGUUGGGUCCUGAGACCCCAGGUGUGACCCCUGCACCUGUCCUCCCCACCACACCUCCAGCAUUGCCCAGACUAGAGGACGAGGACGAUCUAGAGGACAUGGAAGAGGACAUCCAAGCCACCGUAGCCCACCUGUCCGAGGCCUUUGCUGCACUCCGUGCCGUCCUCACGCCAGUCUUCUUCAGAGGGGUUUUCGCCUUCCUCACCUGGUGGGUGGCUGCCUGUCAGCUCAUCAGCAGCCUGUUCGGUAUCUACUUCCACCAGUACCUCAUGCAGAGCUGAGGAGCAUUUCUCUGAAGGCUUGGUGCGCUGCGCCCACCUCCCUGAGCCUCCAACCACCCAACUGCACAUGCGGCUGUGCUGUGAGCUCCAACAUGCCCCCACAAAACAGGCUCUUUAAUGCCUGCUCACUGAGAGACUGACGGUUUGGAGACGACGAUGUGUUUGGCCAGAAAUAAAUGGGUUGCUAAGGCUGGGACGCUUUGCUGCUACCAGUUUGUCAUCUUGAUUUGUAGCUUUCUUUUAUGAAACGGAUGAAUUGUCUGCUCUGUCUGUCUGUUGAACACACAGCCUUGAAUAGGAAAACAUUGUUUUAAAAGUCCUUUUUUUUUUUUCUUCAUCCUUUUUAUUUGAAUUGAGUUGAACCAUGUCUGUAAGUUUAUAACACUGAUUAAAUGAGUUAGCUUGGA